UUGCUUUUACGUAAGAUUCCAAGUCAAUACCAACUGCUCUAGAAAGUGACUCAAUUAAUAAUUCUUCGAACUCGCGUUCUCUUACGAAUGGUGAUUGCGAAAUCGUCGAAGGCCUUUUAAUGAAUUUUACUUGAAGUUAACGGAUGUUCAGAAUUCUCGAGUACUCAGGCAUGACGCAAGAAUAAUGGUAAUCGGCUAGCGUAAUUUUUUCGUGCGAUUGAAGCAGUUUUUGCUGUUAGUGUGUCUGGGUAACAAAAAUUUCGAUCUUUGGACAUAUAAAAAUUCCCGUUGCAAAAUGAUAAAAAUUUUGGCCCUUUUGCUAUUCACUUCAGUCUGUGUCAUAAUCAAUGCACAAGAGACGGCAUCUAACGAAAAACAAUUUUUCGGCCAGACGUUUGAUGAAAUUGUCGUGUCGUCGGAUUUAAACGUCAGAAGAAAAUCAAAAGAAAAUCGUCAGGGUAAAAGAUUAUUAUCGAAUGUGCCGUCAGCAACUACUGGUCCACCGGAAAGACCGACUGCAAUUGCGUCCAGACUCGUUUUCGCCGAUGGAAGCCGUAUAACGCCGGAAAAAAGAGAGAAACGUGGCAUUGUUACAACGCGAAGGAGGUAUUUGGACCUGGGCGUCGCGGGAUACUUGCUGAAAUCUCGGAAACGGUAAAAAUUCUACACUCCGAGGACAACCGCACGACCCUCUACACCCUCAUCUGUGAUCACACUUUUUUCGAUGAACUUUUAGGCCACGGUUCAUGUAACAAAAAGGAUAAUAAAAUUCUUCUGUGUCAUAACA